GGGCUAGUUUUAUCUGCACUUUGUAACGCUUCCCUCCUCCCCGCCCACUCCCUCAAACCCUACCGCCUCGCUGCCGCCGCCAUGGCCUCGUCGUCGUCUCCGGCGAGUAGCCGCCCGCCUGGCCCGUUUGCUCUAGGGUUGGAGUCCUCGGCGAACAAGAUUGGCAUCGGCGUCGUCUCCAUGUCCGGGCAAAUCCUCUCCAACCCGCGCCAUACGUACAUCACCCCGCCAGGCCACGGUUUCCUGCCCCGGGAGACCGCGCAGCACCACCUCGUCCACCUAUUCCCUCUACUCCGAGCAGCACUCGCCGAGGCUGAUGCCUCUCCUGCCGACCUCGCCUGCAUUUGCUACACCAUGGGCCCCGGCAUGGGCGGGCCUCUCCAGGUCGCCGCCGCAUCGGCCCGGGCUCUGUCGCUCCUAUGGGGGAAACCGCUUGUCGCCGUCAAUCACUGUGUCGCGCACAUUGAAAUGGGCCGCGCGGUCACGGGCGCCGUGGACCCCGUUGUGCUCUACGUCUCAGGUGGCAACACGCAGGUCAUCGCGUAUAGCGAAGGGAGGUACAGGAUCUUCGGUGAGACCAUUGAUAUUGCCGUGGGGAACUGCCUCGACCGCUUUGCGAGGAUCCUCGAGCUCUCGAAUGACCCCAGCCCUGGGUAUAACAUCGAGCAGCUUGCAAAGAAGGGAGAGAAGUUCAUCGACCUCCCUUAUGUUGUAAAGGGUAUGGAUGUGUCAUUUAGUGGCAUAUUGAGCUUCAUCGAAGCUGCAGCGAUUGAAAAGCUUGAAAAUAACGAGUGCACACCAGCAGACCUGUGCUACUCAUUGCAGGAAACUCUCUUUGCUAUGCUUGUUGAAAUCACUGAACGUGCCAUGGCACAUUGUGAUUCGAAGGAUGUUCUUAUUGUUGGUGGUGUUGGAUGCAAUGAACGUUUGCAAGAGAUGAUGAGGAUUAUGUGCUCAGAGAGAGGGGGUAGGCUGUUUGCAACUGAUGAUCGAUAUUGUAUAGACAAUGGUGCGAUGAUUGCAUACACUGGUUUACUGGCAUAUGCACAUGGUGUGACCACACCCCUGGAGGACUCGACAUUUACUCAAAGGUUCCGAACUGAUGAAGUUCAUGCAAUUUGGAGGGAGAAGGAGGUUCCGGUAUUAAAUAACACAGAUUCUGAUGCAGCGGCUGAAGUAUCCAUAGAUGGAACCUCUGGGCCGACUCCAAUUGCUGUAGAUUCCUGAGGUGCUGGUGCCUUUUGUUGAUUAUUUUGGAAAGAUUAUGUUGCUGCAGAUAUGAGGCUUUGCUUGAUGAUUUGUAGAAAGCCUUGAAGGCUAAUGGCAGAGUGCCUCGUACAUUUUGUUCGUCAUGACUGACUGGAAUGUCUCACCAGUUGCAAGUGAUCUGCAGAAAGACAUUGCUAACUCCUCUCCCUGUUCCAAAUUAUUUGAAGGUCUAGGUUUGUUCCAAGUUAAAACCUUGUUAAGCUUGAUCAAGUCUACAGAAAAAUGAACCAACAUCUACAACACCAAAUUAGCUUCAUUAGAUUCAUCAAAUAUAUUUUCAUACUAUACAUAUUUGAUGUUGUAGACAUUAAUAUUUUUUUCUAUGAACUUUAUCAAACUUGUAAGAGUUCGACUUAGGCAAAGCUAGAACUUUUGAGUAAUUUGGGACAGAUGGAGUAUCUCGUAAUAUGGAUUUGUUGAUUGACGCUACCCUUCCGCUCCUAUGUGUGUGAUACUAGUAUUUGAUGAAAAAGUUAACUUAAAAGUUGAGGAAGUAUGUUGGUAGCACUAUUCCCAUUUUGAAAGCUGUACGUUGCCCUGC